UCUGGCCAAAUUUCCAAAUGUCAUCAUAUUGUGAAUUGGCAGCCAUUUUUCGAACAAGAAAAACGGUACCCGCAACGAAGGUUCUUACAUUCGGCAACACUGCCCUGUAAGUUGAAAACGAAGACGGCCACAUUGCCUGCAAAAAUUUGCUGUUUCGUAAUCGGAGCGCGUUCACCUUAAUUACUUUCUUUACGGGCAAAUUAUAAAAAAAUCGAGAAAAUGUUCUCUGCCGCACGUACGGCCUUAAGCAGGUCAGAUAAGAAAGUUAUAUCACUACUUGCCCAAAGCCAACGCGAGUACGCCAAGGCUGCCGCUAAGGCUGCUGUUGGUAAUGGCAAAAUUGUGGCUGUUAUCGGUGCCGUCGUCGAUGUCCAAUUCGAGGAUCAAUUGCCCCCAAUUUUGAAUGCCUUGGAAGUUGACAACCGCUCUCCCCGUUUGGUGUUGGAAGUAGCCCAGCACUUGGGUGAGAACACUGUCCGUACUAUUGCUAUGGACGGUACUGAAGGUUUGGUUCGUGGACAAAAGGUCAACGAUACUGGCUACCCAAUCCGUAUUCCUGUCGGUGCUGAAACUUUGGGCCGUAUCAUCAACGUCAUCGGUGAACCCAUCGAUGAACGUGGUCCCAUCCCCACCGACAAGACCGCCCCCAUCCACGCUGAAGCCCCCGAAUUCGUGGACAUGAGCGUCGAACAAGAAAUCUUGGUUACCGGUAUCAAGGUCGUCGAUUUGCUUGCUCCCUACGCCAAGGGUGGUAAGAUUGGUCUGUUCGGCGGUGCUGGUGUCGGCAAGACUGUAUUGAUUAUGGAACUUAUCAACAAUGUCGCCAAGGCUCAUGGUGGUUACUCCGUAUUCGCUGGUGUCGGUGAACGUACCCGUGAAGGUAACGAUUUGUACAAUGAAAUGAUUGAAUCCGGUGUCAUUUCCCUUAAGGACAAGACCUCCAAGGUAGCUCUUGUCUACGGUCAAAUGAACGAACCCCCAGGCGCCCGUGCUCGUGUCGCUUUGACUGGUUUGACCGUUGCCGAAUACUUCCGUGAUCAAGAAGGCCAAGAUGUAUUGCUUUUCAUUGACAACAUUUUCCGUUUCACCCAGGCUGGUUCUGAGGUAUCUGCCUUGUUGGGUCGUAUUCCAUCUGCUGUCGGUUACCAACCAACCUUGGCCACUGAUAUGGGUUCUAUGCAGGAACGUAUUACCACCACCAAGAAGGGUUCCAUCACUUCUGUCCAGGCCAUUUAUGUACCUGCUGACGAUUUGACUGAUCCUGCCCCAGCCACCACAUUCGCUCACUUGGACGCCACCACUGUAUUGUCCCGUGCUAUCGCCGAAUUGGGUAUCUACCCAGCUGUGGAUCCUCUUGAUUCCACCUCACGUAUUAUGGAUCCCAACAUCAUUGGCCACACUCACUACAACGUUGCUCGUGGUGUCCAAAAGAUCUUGCAAGAUUACAAGUCCCUUCAAGAUAUCAUUGCUAUCUUGGGUAUGGAUGAAUUGUCUGAAGAAGACAAAUUGACUGUCGCCCGUGCCCGUAAGAUCCAACGUUUCUUGUCCCAACCUUUCCAAGUCGCUGAAGUUUUCACCGGUCAUGCCGGUAAAUUGGUGCCCCUCGAAGAAACCAUCAAGGGCUUCAGCCAAAUCUUGGCUGGUGAAUACGAUCACCUUCCCGAAGUUGCUUUCUACAUGGUUGGCCCCAUUGAAGAAGUCGUCGAAAAGGCCGAGCGUCUCGCCAAGGAAGCCGCUUAAGCGUCGUCACCAUUACCAUCUUCUUCAACAUAACCUAUAAAAUCAACAUUAGUUCUAGAACAAAAAACAACCAACAACACAGUUAUAAUUCAAUAAUUGAAUUAAAAUACAACAUAGCCCGAAGGAUUGCUGCCAUCAGACAAUUGGAAAACCUUCCUCAAUCUGUAAUUGUUCGUUUAAAACGAUUUCGUAAGAGAAAAAUGAAAUGUUAUUUAACUUAAAGUGCUGAUAAAACAUGAUUAUAAUAUCUUCGGAAACAGAAAAAAUGUAUGCUAAAACAAAACGAAAAUCAUAAUAAAAACUAAAAAACAAAAAAAAA